AUGCCGGGCUCGGGGAGUCCGGACACCUGCCCGACCCCUCGCCUGCGCCACCGCGGGUGCCACCGCACCCGCCGGGUGUCCCCGAGUCCCAGGGAGCCGGGGCGGGAAUGUCGAGCUCAGGUCCUGCCCCCUGGCCGUGUCCCCACCCCCCAGCCAAGCCAGCGCCUAGGCGGAAAAACCCCGCGGAGCGCAACCGCUCCGCGCCAAGCUCGCUCUGGGACCGGGAGAGCUGGACGCCUUCUCGCCAUUUCGGAGGAGCCUUCCUCUCCCCGCUCCUCCUGCUCCUCCUCCUCCUCCUUUUGGGAAGGACGGGGAAAUGGCAGUGCCCGCUCCGCGCCCGCGGAGCCGCGGCCGUGCCCGCCCGGGCACCCCCAGCUCCCGCUGAAGCAGCUGCAGCCGUGCCUGUGUUGGCGAACACUGGGUGUCACCCGCCCCGCGGGGACACCACGGCUCGUCCCAGUCAGGCCCCACGCCAAGAGAAGGCGACUUCCAGCCGCGCCGCCCGUCCCGGGAGCGCCCGGGGCUGCCACCGACCCUCCCGGUGUGUCCCCGCAGCCUCCUUGUCCUGCUGUCGCCUGUCCUGUUUGUCCCUGUGCCGUUCAUCCCUGUCCCCUGCGCCACUCAUCCCUGUCCCCUUUGUCCCGUUUAUCCCUGUCCCCUGUGCCACACAUUCCUUUCCCAUUUAUCCCUGUCCCUUUUAUCCCUGUGCCGCUCAUCCCUGUCCCGUUUAUCUCUGUCCCCUGUGCCACUCAUUCUCGUCUCAGUUAUCCUGGUCCCGUUUAUCCCCGUGCCACUCAUUCCUAUCCCCUUUGUCCCGUUAACCCUGUCCCAUUUAUCCCUGUCCCCUGUGCCACUCAUCCCUGUCCCGUUUGUCCCUGUCCCCCGCUCCACUCAUCCUUGUCCCCUGUGCCACUCAUCCCUGUCCCCAGCCCUGCUCAUCCCCAUUCCGUUCAUCCCUGUCCCCUGUCCCGUUUGUCCCUGUCCCCCGCCCCACUUGUCCUUGUCUCAGUGCCGCUCAUCCUUGUCCCCUUUGUCCCGCUUAUCCCUGUCCCGUUUGUCCCUGUCCCCGAGCCACUCAUCCCUGUCCCGUUUAUCCCUGUCCCGUUUGUCCCUGUCCCCCGCCCCACUCGUCCCUCAGUGCCGUUCAUUCCUGUCCCCUUUGUCCCGUUCUUCCCUGUCCCCUGUGCCACUCAUCCCUGUUCCCCAUCCCAUUAAUUCCUGUCCCCAGCCCUGCUCAUCCCUGUCCCCCCGUGCCACUCAACCUUGUCCCAGCCCCUCUCAAUUCUGUCCCCUGCGCCACUCCUCCCUGUCCCCGUCCAGUCCAUCCCUGUCCCCUGCCCUGCCCGUCGCUGUCCUCUGUCCCCUGCCCUCGUCAUUUCUGUCCCUUGUUCUGCCCAUCCCUGUCCCCUGUCCAGUCCAUUCCUGUCCCCCGCCCUCGUCAUUUCUCUCCCCAGCCCUGCCCACCCCUGUCCUGCCCUGCUCAUCCCUGUCCCCUGUC